AUGUGUGGCAUACCCCGAAAUCAUUCGGCGAUAAUUAUUCACUAUUGGGGAAUGCGGUAAACCUGUUUUAAAAGCACUCCAACUAACAGUUUUGAAGCUACCACUAAUAUAACCAUAUACAAACAAUUAUAAAUUUUGUACUUAAAUGCCGUAAAACUUGAGUAGGAGUAAUAUUUUAGUUAAUUAGCAAAAACUCACAGAUGUUUUCUUUUCCAAACCAAAUCCAUUAAAUCCAUUAAAAUACAAUAUGUAAAUGAAGCAAUAUUUUCCAUAAAAAGGCGAAAUACGGACGAAAUCUACAUGAUUGUUUAACGUUCUGUGCGCGCGUGUGUUUACGAACUUGGCGUCUCUAAUUAAAUCAUGCAGACCUCGUCCUUCCUAGUGCUUGCUUCGGUAGCGGCGAUCCUUGCCAUAGUACAAAGUAAUAACGUAUUGGGAACGCAAGAGGGCCAAGUAACAAAUACAACAAUAAGUGCAGCCCGCAUAAACUCCGAAGUACUAAAAACUUAUACAAAAUCAGUUGACUUUACCGCACCAGCGGUACAUGUGAGCCUUUAUAAACAGAGAAACUUUGUUUGUUGCCAAUGGAUGAUUUGUUGUUCCUACUGCAAAAUAUGUGAUAAUAACACUACGACUACUAAGAGACGAACCAGAUCCACUACAAAAACUAACAAAACAAAGAAAACUACAAGACCGGUCAAAUCAAAAACUACUACACGAAGAACACGCACAAGAAAAACAACUCCAAAAAUAACUGUAACUCGGAAAACUACAAAAUCUACUGCAAGAAGGACAACCAUAACAAAACGCACUACAAAUUAUACUAGAACUAAAACACCUACUACAACGAAAACAACUAAAAGAAGGUCAACCACAACAAAACGUACCACAAAAAAAACGAGAACCAAAACACCUACUCCACCGAAAACUACUCCAAGAAGGACAACCACAACAAAACGUACCACAAAAAAAACUAGAACCAUAACACCUACUCCACCGAAAACUACUCCAAGAAGGUCAACCACAAAAUAUACUAGAACCAAAACGCCUACUCCAACGAAAACAACUAAAAGAAGGUCAACCACAACAAAACGUACCACAAAGUACACCAGAACCAAAACACCUACUCCAACGAAAACAACUAAAAGAAGGUCAACCACAACAAGACGUACCACAAAAAAAACUAGAACCAAAACACCUACUCCACCAAAAACAACUCCAAGAAGGACAACCACAACAAAACGUACCACAAAGUACACCAGAACCAAAACAUCUACUCCAACGAAAACAACACCAAGAAGGACAACCAUAACAACACCUACCACAAAAUACACUACAACCAAAUCAACUACUCCAACCAAAACUACUCCAAGAAGAACAACCACCGCCAAAUCUACUACAACCAAAACGUCUACUCCAACAAAAACAACUCCAAGAAGGACAAUCAAAACCACACCUACCACAGGAUCUACUGUAAUAAAAACAUCUACUCCAACAGAGACUACUCCAAGAAGGACAACCACAACUACACCUACCACAGAAUACAGUACAACCAAAACAUCUACUCCAACAAAAACUACUUCAAGAAGGACAACCACAACAACACCUACCACAGAAUACAGUACAACCAAAACAUCUACUCCAAGAUGGACAACCACAAUAACACCUACCACAAAAUACACCACAACCAUAAUAUCUACCACCAAAACUUCUACUCCAGCAACAACUACUCCAAGAAGGACAACCACAACAACCCCUACAACCAAAACUUCUACUCCAAGAAAGACAACCACAACUAUACCCACCACAGAAUCUACUACAACCAAAACUUCUACACCAGCAAAAACGACUCCAAGAAGGACAAUCUCAACAACACAUACCACAGAAUCUACUACAACCAAAACUUCUACUCCAACAAAAACGACUCCAAAGAGGACAACCACAACAACACCUUCCACAAAAUACACCACAACCAAAACUUCUACUCCAACAAAAACUACUCCAAGAAGGACAACCACAACUACACCUACCACUGAAUCUUACACAACCAAAACUUCUACUCCAGCAAAAACGACUCCAAAAAGGACAACCACAACAACACCUACAAUAAAAUACACUACAACCAAAACUUCUACUCCAACAAAAACUACUCCAAAAAGGACAACCACAACUACACCUACCACAGAAUACAGUACAACCAAAACAUCUACUCAAACAAAAACUACUUCAAGAAGGACAACCACAACAACACCUACCACAGAAUACAGUACAACCAAAACAUCUACUCCAAGAUGGACAACCACAAUAACACCUACCACAAAAUACACCACAACCAUAAUAUCUACUACAACAACUACUACUCCAAGAAGGACAACCACAACAAUACCUACCACAAAAUACACUACACCCAAAACAACUACUCCAAGAAGAACAACCACAACUACACCUACCACAGAACCUACUACAACCAAAACAUCUACUCCAAUAAAAACGACUCCAAGAUGGACAACUACGACAACACCUACCACAGAAUACAGUACAACCAAAACAUCUACUCCAACAAAAACAACUCCAAGAAGGACAACCACAACAACUCCUACUACAGAAUCUACUGUAACUAAACCAACCACUCCAUCAAAAACUACUCAAAGAAAGACAACCACAACAACACCUAUCACAGAAUACACUACAACCAAAACAUCUACUCCAAUAUGGACAACCACAACAACACCUACCACAGAAUCUACUACAACCAAAACAUCUACUCCAACAAAAACGACUCCCAGUAGGACAACCACAACAACACCUACCACAGAAUCUACUACAAACAAAACUUCUACUCCAGCAAAGACGACUCCAAGAAGGACUACCACAACAACACCUACCACAAAAUACACUACACCCGAAACAACUACUCCAAGAAGAACAACCACAACUACACCUACCACAGAACCUACUACAACCAAAACAUCUACUCCAAUAAAAACGACUCCAAGAUGGACAACUACGACAACACCUACCACAGAAUACAGUACAACCAAAACAUCUACUCCAACAAAAACAACUCCUAGAAGGACAACCACAACAACGCCUACUACAGAAUCUACUGUAACUAAACCAACCACUCCAUCAAAAACUACUCCAAGAAAGACAACCACAACAACACCUAUCACAGAAUACACUACAACCAAAACAUCUACUCCAAGAUGGACAACCACAACAACACCUACCACAGAAUCUACUACAACCAAAACAUCUACUCCAACAAAAACGACUCCCAGUAGGACAACCACAACAACACCUACCACAGAAUCUACUACAACCAAAACUUCUACUCCAGCAAAGACGACUCCAAGAAUGACAACCACAACAACACCUAUCACAGAAUACACUACAACCAAAACAUCUACUCCAAGAUGGACAACCACAACAACACCUACCACAGAAUCUACUACAACCGAAACAUCUACUCCAACAAAAACGACUCCCAGUAGGAACACCACAACAACACCUACCACAGAAUCUACUACAACCAAAACUUCUACUCCAACAAAAACUACUCCAAAAAGGACAACCACAACUACACCUACCACAGAAUACAGUACAACCAAAACAUCUACUCCACCAAAAACAACUCCAAGAAGGACAACCACAACAACGCCUACUACAGAAUCUACUGUAACUAAACCAACCACUCCAACAAAAACGACUCCCAGUAGGACAAUCACAACAACACCUACCACAGAAUCUACUACAACCAAAACUUCUACUCCAACAAAAACUACUCCAAGAAGGACAACCACAACAACACCUACUACAAAAUACACUACAACUAAAGCAUCUACUCCAACAAAAACUACUCCAAGAAGGACAACCACAACAACGCCUACUACAGAAUCUACUGUAACUAAACCAACCACUCCAUCAAAAACUACUCCAAGAAAGACAAGCACAACAACAUCUAUCACAGAAUACACUACAACCAAAACAUCUACUCCAAGAUGGACAACCACAACAACACCUAUCACAGAAUCUACUACUACCGAAACAUCUACUCCAACAAAAACGACUCCCAGUAAGACAACCACAAUAACACCUACCACAGAAUCUACUACAAUCAAAACUUCUACUCCAGCAAAGACGACUCCAAGAAGGACUACCACAACAACACCUACCACAAAAUACACUACACCCGAAACAACUACUCCAAGAAGAACAACCACAAAAACGACUCCAAGAUGGACAACUACGACGACACCUACCACAGAAUACAGUACAACCAAAACAUCUACUCCAACAAAAACAACUCCAAGAAGGACAACUACAACAACACCUACCACCGAAUUUACUACAACAAAAAUAACUACUCCAACAAAAACGACUCCCAGUAGGACAACUACAACAACACCUACCACCGCAUUUACUACAACAAAAACAUCUACUCCAACAAAAACGAGUCCAAGAAGGACCACCACAACAACACCUACCACAGAAUUUACUACAUCCAAAAUAACUACUCCAACAAAAACGACUUCAAGAAGGACAACCACAACAGCACCUACCACAGAAUACACCACAACCAAAACAUCUACUCCAACAAAAACUAUUUCAAUAAGGACAACCACAACAACACCUACCACAGAAUCUACUACAACCAAAACUUCUACUCCAAGAAAGACAACCACAACUACACCUACCACAGAAUCUACUACAACCAAAACUUCUACUCCAAGAAAGACAACCACAACUACACCUACUACAGAAUCUACUACAACCAAAACUUCUUCUCCAACAAAAACUACUUCAAGAAGGACAACCACAACAACACCUACCACAGAAUCUACUACAACCAAAACAUCUACUUCAACAAAAACUACUUCAAGAAGGACAACCACAACAACACCUACCACAGAAUACACUACACCCGAAACAACUACUCCAAGAAGAACAACCACAACUACACCUACCACAUCAUCUACUACAACCAAAACUUCUACUCCAAGAAAGACAACCACAACAACACCUACCACAGAAUCUACUACAACCAAAACAUCUACUUCAACAAAAACUACUUCAAGAAGGACAACCACAACAACACCUACCACAGAAUCUACUACAACCAAAAUAUCUACUCCAAUAAAAACGACUCCAAGAUGGACAACUACGACAACACCUACCACAGAAUACACUACACCCGAAACAACUACUCCAAGAAGAACAACCACAACUACACCUACCACAGAAUCUACUACGAUCGAAACAUCUACUCCAACAAAAACGACUCCCAGUAGGACAACCACAAUAACACCUACCACAGAAUCUACUACAAUCAAAACUUCUACUCCAGCAAAGACGACUCCAAGAAGGACUACCACAACAACACCUACCACAAAAUACACUACACUCGAAACAACUACUCCAAGAAGAACAACCACAACUACACCUACCACAGAACCUACUACAACCAAAACAUCUACUCCAACAAAAACGACUCCAAGAAUGACAACCACAACAACACCUACCACAGAAUCUACUACAACCAAAAUAUCUACUCCAAUAAAAACGACUCCAAGAUGGACAACUACGACAACACCUACCACAGAAUACACUACACCCGAAACAACUACUCCAAGAAGAACAACCACAACUACACCUACCACAGAAUCUACUACAACCGAAACAUCUACUCCAACAAAAACGACUCCCAGUAGGACAACCACAACAACACCUACCACAGAAUCUACUACAACCAAAAUAUCUACUCCAAUAAAAACGACUCCAAGAUGGACAACUACGACAACACCUACCACAGAAUACACUACACCCGAUACAACUACUCCAAGAAGAACAACCACAACUACACCUACCACAGAAUCUACUACAACCGAAACAUCUACUCCAACAAAAACGACUCCAAGAUGGACAACUACGACAACACCUACCACAGAAUACACUACACCCGAAACAACAACUCCAAGAAGAACAACCACAACAACACCUAUUACAGAAUACACUACAACCAAAACAUCUACUUCAACAAAAACGAAUCCAAUAAGGACAACCAUAACAACACCUACUACAGAAUCUACUGUAACUAAACCAACCACUCCAUCAAAAACUACUCCAAGAAAGACUACCACAGCAACACCGACGACAGAAUCUACGGUAACCAAACCAAGCACUCCAACAAAAACCACUCCAAUAAGGACAACCACAACAACACCUACUACAGAAUCUACUGUAACAAAACCAACUACAACUACAACUCCGGAAACAUCCACAUCGGAAACAUCCACACCGGAAACAUCCACUCCAGAAACGACAGACUCCGAGGAAAGUACUACAAACCUUAGCACCACCACCACAAAACCAAAAUGUGAUUGUUGUUGUACGUGUUCGUGCACCACUACAACCCCGAAAUCGGACUGUGGAUGUUGUUCUAUGUGUAUGUGUCCUUCCGUUUCUUGUUGUUCUUGUGGUCCUUGUAAUCCUAGUCCAUGUAACUGUCCCAAUAAUGGAUGUUAUCAGUAGAAUAUCAAGGUAAUAAGUAUCAAAAAUUUAUAAUAAA